ACAGCAGGCAUCUUCAUCCUCACCCAGCCUGAGUGGAACAUCGUGUUCUUUCUCUUCCCUGGAAAAUACAAUGAAGACACCCAGCAGUUUUCCUUCCUCCUUAUCUAAAGAGAGACAAUCCUUGCCCGACACAGUUAACAGUUCGCCUGCUGCUGAAAAUGAGGGACAACCAAUAACGUUUGCUGUACAAGUUCAUUCACCUGCACCCUCAGAGGCAGGCAGCCACAAGGCCCCGGAAAACAGCUUUGUCACAUCAGAAAGUGGAUUUUUGAACUCUUUAUCUAGUGAUGAUACUUCUUCAUUAAGUAGCAAUCAUGACCAUCUUACUGUCCCGGAUAAGCCUGCUGGAUCAAAGAUCAUGGACAAAGAAGAGAUAAAAGUGUCCGAAGAUGACGAAAUGGAGAAGCUGUACAAAUCGUUAGAGCAAGCUAGUCUAUCUCCUCUUGGGGACCGGCGGCCUUCAACUAAAAAGGAGUUGAGAAAAUCCUUUGUUAAGCGGUGUAAAAAUCCAUCUAUAAACGAGAAACUCCACAAAAUCCGAACAUUGAAUAGCACAUUAAAGUGUAAAGAACAUGAUCUGGCCAUGAUUAACCAGUUGCUGGAUGACCCGAAGCUGACAGCCAGGAAAUACAGAGAGUGGAAAGUCAUGAACACCCUGCUGAUCCAGGACAUCUAUCAGCAGCAGCGGGCUUCGCCUUCCCCUGAUGACACUGAUGACACCCCCCAGGAACUCAAGAAAUCACCUUCUUCUCCCUGUGUUGAAAAUUCCAUUUGAGACACAAAGUCAGGGUUUUAUCCUCUUAUAUUUUAUCACGAGCAACUCUUCAAGAUAUUGCAAAAGCUUACAUUUUUCCUUAAAAGGAAAACUGAAUCCCAGUCCUUCAAGCAUCAGCUUCCCAUCUAAAGAUGCACCUUACAUGAAGAUAAUCACCAAAUACACCAGGGCUCCUCAUUCCAGUCGUAACGCAUCCAUUGAGACUGGAAUGAUUGAGUUCAGUUGAAAGGCGUUUUUUGUGUUCCUACUGGGAGCUCACGGUGAUGCAGGGCUCUAGGAGGGAUGUGAGAAAUGUCUGUCCUGUUCCUUGCUCUCCAGAGAAUGCUAUGGACGAAAAUCAAAUUUUACCAGGAAUAAUUGUCCAUGAAAACAUUCUGUUUUUCAAAAGAAGAAUGUACAUAUGCCACUUGGCUGGGAAGCUGUGUGGUCCAAAUCACUUUUUGAGUGGAGGAAUGUUUUCCAUAGCAGUUGCAGGGCAAAAAUUCCUUGCCUUUGGUAUAGAAUGGUGGUGACUUUUCCACGUGUUGGGAAAUACCUGAUAGACAGUGGCGUGUGGGAGAGCUGAAGGAGGAGGCGUGUUCCAUAUUCCACUCACUCAAAGGACAGCUUAGUGUUUUCACACUUUGUGCAGGUUAGGGGAUCUGAUUAAUGUUUCCUUUCCUUACAACAGCUAGAGAAAACAUCUCAUCACAAUUGGCGACCUCUACUCCCUUCGAACUUUCCUACUCAACGGUAGGAGAUAGUAAUAUGUCCAGCAAAGAAUGUCUACUGCUGUUGUCCUUGGCUGUGAUCCCUAUACAUAGUGUGAAUUUAUAUCCAGAUUUCCCAGGAUCAAUAUUGACAAGAUGACUUUGGCAUCUGAAUUGUUUUAAUAUCUUUACUCAAAAAAAAAAAAAAAACACACAAAAAACAAAAACAAAACAAAAACCCACCGAAACAACAAAGGAGUUAAACAUGAUGGUUUUAUUUUUGUAUGUUUAUAUGUCACUUGUGUGCUAUGUGAAUAGCUAUCUAUGUUUGUUAUUUAAAUAUAUUUAUAGAAGUUCAAAUUACUAGUGUUUUAAAAGAUGAUAUACUAUUAUAUAUUGUGCUUAGUAUAUAUUUGAUGAGUCUAGACUUUUUUGCUUGAGAAAAAUAGAAAUACUGUUGAUUCACUGGUGUUACGAUGUUGCACUAUAAUGUCUGAGGAAUGCUCAGGAAAUCUUGUGGGAAAAAAAUGGGGCAUGCAUUCAUAAUUUUUCUUUUUCUUCCCCACCCCAAACCCCAUGAGCUCUUACAUUUAGAUUUCUAUCUCUUGUCAGUCACUCUUUUAACCAGAAAAGGAUUUUCAUCUUAGAUUAUCCUUUCUAUUAAAUAAACUUUAAGCUUUGCGCCAUUUAUGCCUGCAAACCUUAGAUCAAAGGCAACACAACUAAUGUCAUCUUUUCAUUAAAGACUAAUAGAAAUUUGGAAAUCACUGUGGUAAAGAGAGCUCAUAGAGAAACAAUAUGAAAGUCUUCCCUUACUAAUCACCAUGAAUAUUUCUCAUCAUAGGAAUAACCACAACCCACCGAGUACCCAUGUUGGCCCUGCCUACCCGUAACAAAUUGUUGACAUAACCUAUUUUGUUUUAUAGCUUCAAAGUGUGGCUUGACAUUCAAAUGGAAGAAACCACUCGAAUUAUAUCUGCAAACAAAAUGGAAAUAGUUAUUUCCCCAAGCUUUACUAAGAAGCUUUAAUACUCUGUAAACAAACAAACAAACAAAGAAACAGAAAACAACCUUAGCA